GCCUCCUUUACUCGUGGUCUAGCUCAUUCUUCUUUCGACUCCGCUACUGACAGCUCGUCCGUACAUUUCCUACGUUGUUGGCAUCAAGCCUUAUGGCACUAAUGGCCCAUUUUCUUUCUUAUAGCUGUGGUCCCACUACUCUUUAAAAAUUCCGCCGAAAAAGAGAAGACGAUUUUCCAGAACAUUGUGGCCGUUAUCUCACGGCUCCAUACACUCUGUGUAUAGGCGCUACCCAGAAGGCCUAGGGGAGGUCCUCCACCGCGAGCAGUUCGACUUCAACGCCGAGCCACCUUGGGAUCCUAGCUGAUAGCGGGAGAGGGCCAUCUCCCAACUUGUCCAUUUUGUUGCAUACCCAGCAGGCUCGGUAAACUCCCUUUAUGAUCGUUGGAUUUGCGGAAUACGGUUGAGAUGAAAGAUUUUACAGAUGAACCAAACUACACCAUUGAACUACUGGAGGGACGAACGACCCUUGAGGACGUCAUCGAUAACCACAUUUAUGAACAAGCUUUGGUUGAAAAGAAUGCAUUUGUUGUGGCCGACCUUGGGGCCCUGAUGCGUCAGCACGUGCUCUGGCGGAACAGCAUGCCCCAGGUCCGACCCUUUUACCCGGUCAGAUGCAACAGCAGCCCUGCUGUCAUCGAGGUCCUGGCUGCACUCGGAGUCGGCUUUGUCUGUGCAAACAAGGCGGAGGCCACUCUAGUGCUGAACAGUGAUGUCGCCCCUGAGAACAUCAUCCUCUCCGGCGCAUGCAAACAACUGGCUUACCUCAAAUACGCCGCCAAGAACGGAAUCAGUUACCUAGUGUGUGACAGCGAGACUGAAUUGUGCAAGAUAACCCGCGCUCACCCCAAUGCCAAGCUGCUGCUGCAGGUCUCCACGGAGCCCCACGCUGAAGAGGCCAGCAUGUCCUUUGGCUGCUCCUUGAAGAGCUGCAGGCACCUGCUAGAGAUGGCCAAAGAGCUGGGCGUGCAGGUGGUAGGAGUCACAUUUCAGGUACCAGCCUCUUGCAAGGACCCCGAGGCAUACACCCAUGCCCUAUCGGAUGCCCGCUGUGUGUUUGACAUGGGGGAGGAGCUCGGCUUCAACAUGAGUAUUCUAGAUGUAGGUGGUGGGUUCAGUGGCUCUGAAACCCAGCUGGAACAGGUCCAUGCUGCUAUGAAACCCUUGCUUGAAGCUUAUUUCCCCCCCAUGUCUGGAGUGAGUGUCAUCGCAGAACCUGGAAGCUUCUAUGUGUCCUCCACGUUCACCCUGGCUGUCAAUGUCAUUGGCAAAGAAGUGGUGGCAAGAGACCUCCAAGACCAGCUCCAGGACAAGUUGACCCCCAAUGAUGAGCCGGAAUUCCUGUACUACAUGAGCGAGGGCGUUUACGGAUCAUUCGUGGGCAAGUUACUGGGAGGCACCGUCCCGCUCCCCUCAGUGCACAAGACAUCCAUGGCAUCUGAGGAGCUGCUGUUCUCCAGCAGCCUGUGGGGGCCGACGUGUGACACACUGGACCAGGUGGUGGAGCGCUGCCUGCUGCCUGAGCUGCUGGUCGGGGAUUGGCUCAUCUUCAGCAACAUGGCCUCCCUCAGCUACGGGGAGCCCACUACCCUCAGCAACCCUGACAAGCCCACCGUAUACUACACAAUCGCUACAGCAGACUGGUACGACAUGCAGGAGGCCGGCAUCCCCAUCGAAUCCACCAUGAAGAACUUCUCAUUGGUCCAAUAUGACAUGUAACUCUGCCCAGGCCAAGCCACCUUAAUUUAAACGUGACAUUUGCCAGGUCCUCCUACCCAUGAGCGGCCAAAAGAUUGGUCUUUCAACAUUCCAGCUGUGGGUGGAGCUAAAUCAAAGUGGUGUCACUGGGAACAGAAAUGAUUCGGCGUGCAUACCUCAAUUCUCAAUGUUCAAAAGAUGUUCUGACUUUUUUUUGCCCCUGCGAAAAAGGAAGGAAUACUGGAAGCCCCAACAUUCUUUGACUACAUAUGCAACAAAAUGGACGACUUUGGAGAUGGCAUGCUCACUCUUGGGCUUUUUUCCUAAUCAAAUACAGUUUACAUAAAUGUUUGAUUAAUUUAAUUUUAUUAUAUAUAUAUUGAUUACCUGUUGGCAGUCUUGUAAAUCAGUUGUCUGUUCAACACGAGGCAGUUUUAUCUGUAUUAAGAAUCUAAUGUGAUUUCGAAAGAAUUAGAAUCAUGAAUUAACAACUACGUGCUGUGGCCAUGUGUGUCAGGAGAGACCAUGAACCAUGAUUUUAUGACCUUGUCCAUUGUCGGAAGAUCACUUUUCCCUGGGUUUGUAGAAUAAUGGAGAGGGGAAGGGUGCAGAUCAAGGCUCAACUGCCAAAUUCAUUCUCAAAUGUGUUGUCUACCUGCAGUGUCUCAUUCAACAGUAUUUCCCAAGGUAGCACUCCUUGGUUUAGUGUGCUGUGAUUGCCAUGGUGACCUCAUAAACGCUCACACUACAUGAGUGUGUUCACGGUAGUUGAAGAUGUUCCUACUGGUACAAUGUAAACAUCAGGCUGUUCCUCAAGUCCAUUGUAUGGAGGCUUAAGAUUGUAAUUGUUUGGAGAAAUAUUGGCUGAAAACACUCAUUUAUUUGUCUAACCACAGAUUUAAGGUACUUCCACCAAUCAACCAACAGGUUUAACAGUUUCAAGCCUUUAUCACUGUUAGGUUUGCAUCUCUGUUAGUCCUGUGCAGUUCAAAGCCUAGUCAACAUAACUCCAUCCACUCCAUUUUUUUAACCGCACCCUUUGGUUGAAAAGGUAAUGUAAAUUAAUUUUGGCACUAAUGGACCAUAGCCUGUUUUUGACUGUAAAAUUGUGCUUGUUAAUGUAAUGAAAGUGAUUAAUUUAAUACAUCUCCAAGACUGAA